AUGGAGUUCGUACACCGCGCUAUCCCUCACCGAGUCCGCCGAUUGUUUAGCAAGCCUAAGGAAGGCAAUGGCCCAGAGGACAGUUAUCGUCUCCGGCGGAUGGAAUCCCACGCGUCAAUGUCACCAACGAAGCGUCGACGCAUCUACCUCAACCUCACGCCAGAGUCAAUCGAGAGCGACCUUGAUGCACCGAAUGAGGCUCUGCCCCACUACCCGGCCAACAAGGUCACGACCUCGAAAUACGACCUGUUCUCGUUCAUUCCCAAGAACCUGUUUGAGCAGUUCCGUCGUCUCGCCAAUCUGUACUUCCUCUUCGUCGCCGGUCUCUCGAUCGCACCCAUCCUGGGAGGAUUCGCCCCUUUCCUCACCUUCCUGCCCCUAAUCUUCAUCAUCACCGUCACCGCCAUCAAGGACGCCAUCGAGGAUUGGAAGCGCCGGAAAUCAGACGAGGCCUUCAACAACGCACCCGUUAUCCUGUUGUGUAACUGGACCAACACUAACGUCCACUCCCGAGGGUCAAGCAAACUGCAGCUCAUCCAAGAUGCCAUCAGCGGUCUCUUCAGCUGGGCUACAGCAUCUCCAAGGAAAUCCCAGCCAAAUCGUGCGGACGCUAUCAACGCUGCAGCAUUAGCAGCGACAACCCCAAGUGGACGCUCGGACCAAAACUCUUACUUUGAAGGACACUAUGCGAACUCCGCACAGGGAGCGGCAUCUGAAGGACAGGACCCUGCUGGCAGACCUGCCCGACGUGUCCGCCGAAACAUCCCUCAUUCAGUACUGAACCACACAGAGUCUUACUCAGCAAAACCAGCGUUCGGAGCAAAGUGGCAGGACUGUAUCUGGCAGGAUGUCAAAGUCGGCGACAUUGUGUACCUGAAGAAUGACGAUCCUAUUCCCGCAGAUAUAGUCAUUCUCUCAACGUCAGAGGCGGACGGACUUUGCUUUAUCGAGACCAAGAAUUUGGAUGGAGAAACUAACCUGAAGAUUCGACGUGGCCUGACAGCGACAAAGGGACUUAAAACACCAGCAGCUAUCGAGCGAGCGGCAUUCUAUGUCGAAUCAGAGUCACCUCAUGCAAACCUUUACUCGUACCAGGGGGCGUUGAAGUGGUUGAUUUCCGACGGAGCGGACAUGCCUGCAGGGGACCGCGUGGUGCAUAACAAGACUGAGUCGAUUACAAUCAACGAGAUCUUGCUCCGUGGAUGUGUUUUGCGAAACACGGAACAUGUCAUCGGCAUGGUACUAUUCACAGGAACAGACACCAAGAUCAUGUUGAAUUCAGGCGACACCCCAAGCAAGCGCAGUCGUAUCGAAAAGGAUCUUAACUUCCAUAUUGUCAUGAACUUCAUUAUCCUAUUUGCGCUCUCGAUUGGAUCUGCUAUUGCCAAUGGUGUUAUUUUCGGAGACACGGAGAACAACUCGGGAACGUUUUUUGAAUACGGUGCGGAUGCCUCGACGCCCUUCAUGUCAGCCUUCAUCACCUUCUGUAUUGAGAUUGUCAAGACUGCACAGGCUUACUUUAUUCACAAGGAUGUUGACAUGUAUGACGAGCGAGUGAAUCAGGCUUGCGUACCCAAAACAUGGAAUAUCUCCGACGACCUGGGACAGAUCGAGUACAUUUUCUCUGACAAGACAGGAACCCUGACACAGAACGUGAUGGAGUUUCAAAAGUGCACCAUCAACGGAAUCGAUUACGGUAUCGGAGAAACAGAUGCAACCCGCGGCCAAAAGAUGAGUGGAGACGGUGAGUUCGAGCCCAUGGAGUUCGAAUCCGACGAGGCCUAUCUGGAAAAGCUGAACAUGGAGCGGCUUAAGAUGAAGGCAGCUAUGGACAGGCUAUUCGACAACAAAUACUACUCUGACAAGACAACGUUCGUUGAUUCGGAUCUGUUUGAAGACAUGGCGGACCCGGCUUCGAAGCACGCUAAAGCCAUCAUGAACUUUUGGACGGCUUUGGCUGUUUGCCAUACUGUCAUUACCGAACGCGACAUCGACACGGAUCCGUAUAAGAUCGAGUACAAGGCUCAAUCGCCAGACGAGGCGGCUUUAGUUUCUACUGCGCGCGACGUUGGAUUUGUGUUUCUGGAAAAGAAAGGGCCCAUGAUGCACCUGGAGAUUAUGGGGCAGCCUCGGGUAUACAAGAUCCUGAACAUUCUUGAGUUCAACUCGAACAGGAAGCGCAUGUCGAUCAUCCUGCGACCACCGGAGGGAGGCAUUGUGCUUGUUUGCAAGGGGGCGGACAGCGUCAUCUAUGAGCGUCUGGAUAAGGCUGAGGAACAGAGCAAGUUGCGGGAGGACACCCUUGUCGAUUUGGAGCGGUUUGCCAAUGAAGGUCUUCGCACACUCUGCUUGGCAUACCGCAAGAUCAGCGAGGAAGAGUAUGCCAACUGGGUAUUGGAAUAUGACGAGGCUUGUAAUACCAUCCACAACCGCGAUGAGAACAUUGAGAAUGCCUGCGAGGAGAUCGAACAUUCAUUGAUUUUGCUGGGAGGCACUGCCAUCGAAGACCGUCUCCAAGUGGGAGUCCCCGAGUGUAUUGCUCUUCUAUCGCGCGCGGGAAUCAAACUCUGGGUUCUCACAGGAGAUAAGACGGAGACCGCCAUCAACAUUGGGUUCGCUUGCAACUUGCUUCAGCGGGACAUGAUCCUGAUUAUCAUCCAGGCGCAGGAUAAGGAAGACACACGGGAGCAACUAAUGAAGGCACUCGACAAGUUCUGGGGUCGCGAGGCUGAGAAGGAUCCUUCACUGGCCAACAAGUCUCAUGCGCUGAUUAUCGACGGAGAGACGCUCAAAUAUGGACUGUCGCCUGCACUGAAUGGACUCCUUCUGGACGUAGGCAAGCGCUGCAAGUCUGUUAUCUGCUGUCGUGUAUCUCCACUGCAAAAGGCCAAGGUCGUCAGCAUGGUCAAGCGUGGAUUGGAUGUUAUGACCCUAUCGAUCGGUGACGGUGCCAACGAUGUCUCGAUGAUUCAGGAGGCCAAUAUCGGCGUCGGCAUUGCGGGUGAGGAAGGUCGACAGGCUGUGAUGGCAUCAGAUUUUGCGAUCGCUCAGUUUCGUUUUCUGUCCAAGCUGCUUUUGGUUCACGGACGAUGGUCGUACAUUCGAAUCUCGGAGAUGAUCUUGACCUUUUUCUAUAAGAACAUUGUUUGGACGCUGACUAUCUUUUGGUUCCAGUUCUUCUCUGGAUUUACAGCCUUGCUUCUGUUCGACUAUACAUUCGUGGUCCUGUACAACCUGCUGUUCACGUCUUUGCCUAUCAUGUUCAUGGGAGCGUUCGAUCAGGAUGUGGACGCUAAGACAUCGAUGCAGUUUCCUGCACUGUAUCUCCGUGGAAUUAAGCAGAAGCACUUCACCCGCAGCAAAUUCUGGCUCUACGUUUUGGAUGCACUAUAUCAGUCAGUCAUCUGCUUCUUCGUCCCAUGGUAUCUAUCAAACGACCUGUACGCCUCAGGACAUAGUACCAACGAUCUUGUCGCUCUCGGAACCUUGAUCUCUGCUUGCUCGGUCGUUGUCGCCAACUUGUAUGUCGGAUUGAACAUGUUCCAUUGGACCAAGAUGAUCUUCACCGUCAUUUUUGGUUCGAUCAUCGUGUUUUUCCUUUACUGCUGGGUCUACGCCAACUUCUUCACAAUCGAGAACACGUUCUACGGGAUGGAUCACAUCAUUCUCAACAGCCCGGCCUUUUGGCUUGCGAUUAUUCUUUCCGUGGUCCUGACGAUGUUGCCUCAUUACGUCUACAAGUUUGCGCGUCAGUACCUGAAGCCCAACGAUAUCAUUAUUGUUCGCGAGCAGCUCUACAGGGAGAAGCAUCCGUCCAAAAAGGAGCGUCGUGCCAGGAAACUGAAGGCGAUGAGGGAAAGCGAAAUGAAUAGGACCAACAGCAGCUUUCAAGAUCCAGGAAUCGUCAGCAGCGGGAGCCAUGUCCUUGGUGAUGAUGACAUGGAGGAUGAUCUAGAUCAAAUCCCCGUCAUCAAAAAUUCGCCAACAAUCUUGUCGCCUGAGGAUCCUAAUGACCAGAAGCCAGGCGAUAUCAGACAACGCCAACCUUCACCAUCUCCCAUGGCUAGCUUGAGCAGAGUGGACGAGGCGUACUACCUGAAAGCAUCAUCAGACGGAGCAGUUGGAGCCCAACCUCAACGAGAACUAGUAGGACGGAGGCGAGUCGCGAGCAGCAACAAUACCUUUAAUGCUCAAGGAGAGAAUGAUAUUUAUGGCGGGAUUGAGAUUGCUACACCUGCAAAGACGUUCAACAAUGACUACAGCGUUUCAUCAACAUCCUUGCCCGCGCAGUCAGAUACCCUCGAGCCGAUCGAUCGCAAGUUUGCUCAAGGAUACCCAACUACAUCAUUUUCAUUCAAUCAGGAGUUCAUUAAUGCAGCUGCAACAGCGACAGGAGGAGUCGUUGGAGGUCCCCUGGGGCAAGAUAGACCUCGUGUCAAACGCCAGAGCACUCCUUCAGUCCCUCUUGGUGGACCUAAUUUCAGAUUCAUGGGUGACGACUCUCCACCUCCACCCGGCUCAGGCAAUGGCAGGCCCAUCAAUCAAAAGCCUGCUCAUACAGGAUUUGCGUUUUCGACCGAUGAUGCAUCUGCUUUCGUGUACUCGCAUCUGAACCGAGUUCACAGUGCCAGCAAUGACGAGAUGGUUUCAGCCGCAAGGGCGAAGCGGGCUUCACAUAUGCAUUAUGGUGGCAGGAACAGUAUCGAUGGAAGCGAGGUCGGUUCACCAUCGAAUCCCGGUUCACCUACAUUCGAUUUCCAGAAAGGCAAGAUCACUCCACCUGAUACGAGGUCGCCAUUUGGCGACGAUGCCUCGUCGGGUCAGCCUUCACCACCGAUCUGCGAUGCCACAGGGGUGGAUUCCAGUCGGCGGGAGUCGUUGACAAGGAGACCACGAGGACCGAGUCGAUCGAUGACGGCACCCGAUAUCCCCGUCGCAGAACUGGGAGCGAUGUUGUUGCAGCAGCAGAAGGAUAUGGAGAAAGGCAUAGAGAGACUGAACAAGGCCCAGGCAUCUGUGCGGGCAGCGGCUCAACAGAGACAGAGUAUUCAGAAGGUCCGAUUCCAGGGUGCCAGCGAAGUCGGAUCGAGCACUACAUCGAUCCCUGCGCCUGCUUCUUCGUUUGAUCCCAUUACAGAUGAGCUUUCAUCGUCAGGUAUCCAGCAACACCAUCCACUCCACAUGCCUGAUAAUCAGCACAGCCAGAGGGCAAAGCAGCAAUAA